CGACACCGCGAUUCUCCCACAAGCAGUCACAUUCUCUUGACACCCUUAUGUUCGCUUGAGUGUCGAUUCGUUAUGCACUCGCACUCCUUCUUAUAUCGAGCAUUUUGAGUCGUCCGAUCAGAACGCGUACCUGGCAAUGGCCACCGAGCAUACAGACACCGUAACCGCGGUUUCUCUCCGCAGGCGGCGAAGAGCACGAUUGCGGUCACGGCCUGCGAUUUCUGCGCGUAUUGUUCUAGACAAUCAUUUGCGAGGAGAUCUCGCCGUUCUAUCAGAUGAUCUCGUCACUGAUUUAUUCCCCGCCGUCAACCUAACAGAGGCUGGACUGAGCGAUAAACCCAACCAAGACGUUCUCUACGUAGCCAUUUCACCUUUCACGCCGCAUUAUUACGCCGUCGAUGAUAUUCCAUGGACCAUUAUUCCCGCUCGAGUACAGCCGACCGAGCGCUCGCAGGUCGCUCCCAUCUCACAUUCGACCGUCCUCUUUCCGGCCUCGGCCAACUACUUACAAUCUUUCUUCGAAACGCUGGGGAAACUGGAUCCCACACGCCACGCGAUUCAGACCCAGCGUCCGAUCGAGAUACGGAUUCUGGAUGUGGCGCCUCUACACCUGGAAACCAUCUAUGUUACAGUCGAGCGGAAUCUGCUACGGAACCUAGACGACGUGCAAAGCAAAUUUGGCGGAGGAUUCAAAAGCAAUGCACAAGGAGGCCAUCUCCUGUGGGGAAAAGGCGGGAAAGGAAUGGAGGUCAAACGGUAUACAAAAAAAGCCGCGGCCGAAGCCGAAGAGCGAUUGACAGCUGCAGUGCGUGAAGCUCUAUCCAAUCAAAAGGUCGUCCACGUUGGGGAUAUACUCCCUCUGCCAUUGCCAUCGCAUCCUAUAACACACGUUCCACCACCUCCAGUGAAGAUAUCGUUUUGCGAACCAGUCGCGCAAGGCCUUUUGCUCCCAACAACGAAGAUAGUUCUGGUACAAUCACGCCCGCGGGGUGUUCGUCAUAAUUCGGCAUACACUCCAACUGGACCCGGCUUGCUUAAUGGACUCGUGGAAGACCAGGCCGAUGACACUUCAAACGAACAGUUUUACUCGGCCGCAGAGGACCGUCUGGAAAAUGGUACCGACAUGGAGAGUACGACGCCUCCUGAUGAUUCAGAAACAGAAGUGUCUGCUGCAAGCGAUAACGACUCCUCAGACGACUCCCUCGAUGAUAUGAUCACAUUAUCUGCGCCCCAGUUACCGCAGCAGCCGUCGGGUGUGAUGUCAGCCAUGUCCUCAAUGACCCCUCGUCCCGGUGGCCGGCGGAUGGACGGUAUUCAUACUCCUGGUUCCGUCAUUUCGACCUUUACCUCCGGAACAGCUCGUCCAGGACGCGCUGGUGGGAAGACAUUCAAAACCGAGGGCCUCUUGAAUAAAGUGUCUAUUGACCUCCUCCACCCUAAGCCAAAAGAUGAAGAUGAUACAGAUUCAUUUGUAUACGUCGACAUUAAUACACUUGUUAGAGUUGGUUGCUUCUCAGGUGACUGGGUGCGGAUAGAAGCUACGGAAGAACCACAGGCAAACCCAUUUGCGUCGCUCGCAAUCAGUGGACUGGGCCUGGGUGAUGAAGAACCUGGUAACUGGCGAACAGUUCGGGUAUAUGGAAUUUCUAGUUUACCAUCUUCAAAGCCACGUUACGCUGUCGGUCAGUCCUCGAAGCGCCGCUCCAGUAUUUCUCAUUUGUCGGGCCAGCGGCUCACCCCCACGGUUUAUGUGCCUCCUAUUCUUCUGAGCAAUCUCGAUAGCCCUAAGUAUGUGAAGUUGUCGCCUUUGUUUCCAACCUCAAGUCACGGUGCAUCGCGGCCGGGGCUACACCAACCUGGAAAGCCGGGGAUGAAUAAAUCCCCUCCCGUUGCUAAAGAAGUCACUCUUCUGAAGAUUUCUACGCCACUUUCAUUGGACCGUUCUAUUCAACCCGCGUUAUUCUCUGGACUUCGCCGCUAUUUUGAAUGUAAAAAGAGACUUGUCAAGAGUGGAGACAUUGUGGGUAUUAGCGUUGAUGAAGGCCUUGGAAAAGCUGUUUUUUCAGCCUCCAAGGGCCCGGAUAGUGGUAAUGUCGAGGAUGAUCUCACGUCGCAACUUGGCCAUCUCCCCGAAUCAGGUUCUGAUGAGAACUCGGGGGAGACGAGGAAGAUGGGAGUGGCCUGGUUCCGGGUUGGACAAGUCGUUGCUCCGCCCCCUGAAGAUCAAGAUGAAGAAGAUCCAUGGGGUGGCGUAGCUAUUAUAGACUCUUCUAAUACGCGGAUGGCGCAAGCAGGAAGCAUAAUUAGUCGGGUCCCAGGAACUCUAGGAAAUGGGUGGGAAUAUUGGCUUGGUGUCAAGACUCUGCCUCGAACAUCCAGCAAUGUACCAACACCUCAUGGCUUGGUUACUGAGUUACCGAAACUUUUCGUAUCGCCGGUACAGAAUCGAGCCAAAGAACUUAUCACGGCAGCAACAAGCCCUCGGGCGAUACAAUUGGGAAUGCCCCCCGUUGUCAUGCUUCUGACAUCUACACAAAGACAUAUUGGAAAGACCACAUUGGCGACUAGAGCUUGUGCAGAUAUUGGGCUGCAUGCGUUUACCAUGGAUGCGUACGAUAUUCUGACUGAAGGUGGCGCAAACGGUAGCGAUGUUAAAACCGAGGCGUACCUGAAAGCUCGAGCCGACAGGGCAUUUACCUGUGGUUCUAACUCUACGGCACUGAUAAUUAAACAUAUUGAGGUUCUCACCGCUGACCGAAUAAUUACUGCAAUGAAAGAGAUUGUGGCAGAUUCUCGGGUGAUUAUUGCGACUACAACAGACGUUGAAAAGAUACCGGACGGAAUCCGUAGUCUCUUUACUCACGAACUCGAAAUGACUGCACCUGAAGAGAAGGAACGAGAAGGAAUAUUGCGCAAUGCAAUCAUUGAUCGCAGCAUCAAGAUAUCUGUUGACGUUGAUCUUUCUGCAGUUGCUGUGAAAACGGCUGCUUUGGUGGCUGGCGACUUGGUUGAUGUUGUUGAACGGGCAUCACUAGCCAAAGCCGAUCGUCUAGAGAAGCUCACGCAACUUGCUAAUGAUCGAAAUGCGGAUAUUGCUGUGGGUAUCCGCGAUGUUCAGCUAGCUGGAGGGGAUGCAGCACGAUGUGUGACCAAGGCUGAUUUCGACGUGGCAGUCGAUGCCGCGAGAAAGAAUUUCGCUGAUGCAAUUGGGGCUCCCAAGAUUCCUAAUGUUACCUGGGAUGACGUUGGUGGUCUUAGCAAUGUUAAAGACGCUGUUAUGGAGACAAUCCAACUUCCGCUUGAACGACCAGAACUGUUUGCCAAGGGAAUGAAGAAACGAAGUGGUAUUCUGUUCUAUGGGCCACCUGGGACGGGGAAAACGCUUCUGGCCAAGGCAAUCGCUACGGAGUUUUCUCUCAAUUUCUUUUCUGUCAAAGGUCCCGAAUUGCUCAACAUGUAUAUUGGUGAGUCCGAAGCCAACGUGCGCAGAGUCUUCCAGCGUGCGCGGGAUGCGCGACCUUGUGUCGUGUUCUUUGACGAAUUGGACUCGGUUGCACCUAAGCGAGGGAACCAAGGCGACAGCGGCGGUGUGAUGGACCGAAUUGUCAGUCAGCUGCUCGCAGAGCUGGAUGGAAUGAGUGGCGGAGAAGAAAACGGCGGUGGAGUAUUCGUGAUUGGUGCUACCAAUCGUCCAGACUUGCUCGAUUCCGCUCUUCUUCGCCCUGGUCGUUUCGACAAAAUGCUGUACCUUGGAAUAUCGGAUACGCAUGACAAACAGGCGAAGAUUCUGGAAGCCUUGACUCGAAAAUUCACACUCGAUCCCGAUUUAUCCCUCUCGCGCGUUGCCGAGAGACUUCCCUUUACGUACACGGGUGCCGAUUUGUAUGCACUUUGCUCGGAUGCAAUGCUUAAAGCUAUUACCCGACAAGCAACUGCAGUCGAUGAGAAGAUUAAAGCGUUGCCAACUGGCCCAGUGACUACGGCGUAUUACUUUGAUCAUCUUGCCACCCCCGAUGAUGUGGCCGUUAUGGUAACGGAAGAGGAUUUCGUCGAUGCUCAAAGCGAACUUGCUUCUAGUGUUAGUGCCAAGGAAUUAGAGCAUUUUGAACGAAUCCGCCGAUCAUUCGAGUCGACUUCUACUACGCAAGAUACGCAGCCGUCUGAUGGACAGCGCACCAUCGGCGAUGCGAUUGACGGCCUCAAAGCGGGUGCUGAAAUUGUCGAGAAUGGCACUACUGUUAAUGGUGACUCGGCCGAUGCAAAGACCAAACUUGGCACUAAAACAGGAGCCAGUAGUGGGCGAGGAAAGGGGCGAAUUGUGUCCGUUGCGAGUGGAAAAGGCAAGGGCAAAUCGGUGCCAGUUAGCGGAGGAGACUCUGAUUCCUCGUUUGAUGGCUAUCAACCGAGUUCGCGGAAUGGCAACAUCCCGUCUCAAACAUACGAUGUUGGGGAAGAGGCGGAUGUCGAUGGGAUGGAGGAUGGAGAGGGGGCUGAUUAUGUUGUAAAAACGGAUCAUUUGAAGUGAACGCGACAAAAGACGUUUGGAUUGCUAUCCAUUGAUACCAUUGCAUUGCUGCCAGUCCGCGCGCUGGCUGCUUCUACCAUUUCCUGUAUAUACAUAUGUAGGCUGAACAUCAAUUGAUAUACGACAUGAGCGGCGCGCCACGCGUACAUAUCUUGCAUUACAUGUAUGCACUUAUCCAAUGCUUUUACAAGCACUCUCUACUCUUAUCAGUGGAUACCGAUCCUCC